UGAUGUGUGAACGUUUGGGCCUUUAUCCCAUGCUCAUAACGGAGCGCUAGAGCCUUUGCAACAGAACUACUUAUGUAUAUCCACCUGUAUCCCACAAUGCACUGUCCCCUCACAGAAACCGUUCUUUAUCUUUACGGUAAAGGGUUUCUGAAGAACGUAUCAUGGCCCAAGGAAAGCAGAAAUUUAAAGCGCAGCGACCCGGCGGAGUCAAAAAACAACAAAAUAAGCAGAAGGGACCCAAGAAAGGGGGGAGAAUCAUUGCCCCAAAAAAAUCCAAAGUGGUACAACAGCAGAGCAUUAAAAAGGGCCUGGAGGUGGCCAUCAGGAACAAGAUUGAGCAGGAGGUGACGCAGAGGGCGAGCCACUCCCUUCACAAGAAGCUGAGCAUCGUUAAAAGCAGCGGGGGGUCCAGCUCAGGGCCCCCCCGGCCUGCAGGCACCUCCUCGAAAUAGGAGCCCCCCCCCCCACACCCUACCGCGAUGUCCCACUGCAGCCCCCCAACCAGACUGGACUGGAGCACUGAUGGGUGCGCUACCAGCUUUGACCACUAGGGUCAGGAUUGAACUCUCGCCAGGCGAAAAUAUUACAUUAUUGUCUCCCCUUGUCUCACAAAGGUAACACGUGUGAUGUUUGUAGUUGAAGAUUGUAAAAUGGCAGCCCAUUUCACACAAGACUUAUGAUUCACUAAUAUUGUUGGGUAACCCGUGACGGCACAAUGUUGCUGUUUCUGGGGGGGGAGAAAUAAAGAAGUAUUUUUGUAUCUAUACAAAAGAUCAGGUUCUGCAAAAUGCAGUAUCUAUAAAUUAUUUCCUUACCAUGAAUAAAAUCACCCAUGGUUUCUCGGUACGAGUGCAUUUUGGUAGAUUGAUUGAUAUUGCACAACGUCCAGGAUCGUUUUAAAUCACCAAACCAUCACCUUUGGGCUGUGGAUAUUAGUUUUUAUUUUUAUUUUUUUCAUUUCAUAAAUAAGUGUGUAUAACUGGUGUCAUGUACUUACACAAAGUAUUUUUUGCCAAUAUAAAAUUAAAUGCUUUGGAAACACUUA